CAAAUGCAUCUCUUGAGUCUUGAAUGGAUAAAAGUAUGGAUAGGGGACUUUUAUUCUGAAAUGUUAUGGUUGUCAAGGAACUUGCAAGAGUUUGAGGAAGAGACUACGGUAGCUACAAGUAGCAUGUAUGUUAUCCAUGUAUGCUGUUAUCUACCGAAACUUGAUCUAUUUUGAUAAUUGUUAUCACAUUUUAAUUGAUGAACUGCAGCAAGAUAACUAUUGUAAUUAUUUAAUCUGAUGACCACAUUUAGCUUAAUAUAUAUGCCUAGGCGAUAUGGCAGUAAUGCUUGAUCCAGGGUCAUUAAUAGUAGCGGAUUGGCAUCGAUCCUUAGAGAGCAAGGACUUUUUUGGUCGAAUUCUGUUCAAGAAAAGACGCAGACACUUUGGUCUUUUAGAGGCUCCAGUGAUGCCUCCCAAUGUUGCUGUGGACACAGCCCACUACAAGGUCUUCCUCUCGGGGAAAAGCGGAGUGGGCAAGACGGCGCUUGCUGCGCGUCUGGCUGGACUGAACAUUCCAAAGUUGCACUACGAAACAACAGGAAUUGAAGCCACGGUGAUUUAUUGGCCUGUGAAGCUUAGAGAGAGUGGACGCGUGCUCUUCUUCCGCUUGCAGCUGUUCGACUGUGGGGAGAACGCCUUGCGUAGAUUUGACCAUUUGCUUCCAUCUUGUAAGGAACAGGUGGACGCCAUCCUCUUUCUCUUCUCGUUUACUGACAGAGCCUCAUUUGAUGACCUGACCAACCAGAUUGCCAAGAGCCGGUCUGAACCCUCAGACAGAGCUGUCAGACUGGUGGUUGGAACAAAGUUCGACCUCUUCAUGCACACGGAUGUGACACAGAGCGAGGUCGGAAGCUUCCAGGAGGUCCUGGGGCUGCCUGUGUUCUGUGUGGGGGGUGAGGUCAGCGACGGGCUGGGUGAGGUGGCACCCCUCCUCAACUGCCUGGCUGAGCAUCUAUGGCAUCAGGACUGCGUGGCAGCCAGCAAGACCACCACCCUCCCCUUCCAGCCAGGAAUGACGAGUAUGAGCUCAAUGAACUGAAAUGCAUUGGUCAGUUGGACUACAGUGUACGCAUCGCAAAUGGAACCCAGAGGGCAUAAAGGAUGACCUCGGAGCAGCAACAGAACAUUUGUGAUGAGAUGACAUGCAGUUUUGAUGGUUGGUAGGUUUGCCAGUGAACCACCCAAUGUCAUAAAGAUUUGUUAACAAUGUACUUUAUAGUAUUCAAAAUGUAUAUUGAACCAGGGACACAUCUCCAACUGCACACAUCUGAAGAUUUAGAACAAAGACAAGUUUAAUAUACAUUUAUGAAUUUAAAAAAAGUGUGAAGAGCAUU